GUAUGUUGAGGCGGCAAUAACGUGGAAAUCAUUCCGUACAGACGUCUGCAUGUUAUGUCUAUUCUUCCACGCGAUUUAAUUUUAGUUUUUUAAAACUCUCCAGGGAUUGUAGGUUAUCUUAAAAGAUGGUGACGAGGUCAAAAAUGAAUUUGAAACCGACUAAUAUAUUCUAAUGUGCCCACAUCUCGACACAUUUGCAGGAAUUGCCAGCGUUCUGAUUAAAAUACACGAAAUUAUACUGCUGAUUUUCAACCAUAUUGUUAAUUAGGUCUAUCAAGAGGAAUUUUGCUUGAAAGGGUCAUGUGAGGCAGAUUUCUUUAUCUUCACUUUCCCGGUAGAUUCCUUUUUAUUUGAAAUUGGGUGGUUUAUAUAUGUCAUCAAAAUUAUUGGGGUCUUAGAGGCUUGAGGUCUAUAUAAGUAGAGAAAGUGAGACAAGGAAGAGAAGGAAGAUCCUGAAUUUGGAAUCAUGCCACCUAACAGAGAAGCGGAUUACAGUGGCUGUGAGCAGAGCAGAGAGAGUUUGCUUAGCCAGCGGGAGAAGGAAAAUGAAGACAUUGAUGUGGAGGGACAGCAGGCGCGAUGUGGUUGCUGUGUAGGAUUGAGGGAAGGGAUGAACAAGUGGCGGAAUGGUGUGUGCAGAGCAUUCAGUAAGGCUCUGGAAUUCGCAAAGAGUGAUCCCAGGAAGGCCAUAUUUUCAGUGAAAAUGGGAAUGGCGCUGAGCCUGGUGUCGCUACUGAUGUUUAUGGAGGAGCCCUACAAACAGAUUAGUACUUAUUCAAUUUGGGCAAUAUUGACUGUGGUGGUUGUCUUUGAAUACACUGUAGGUGCAACACUGAGUAAGGGAUUUAACCGAGGUCUAGGAACAUUUACAGCUGGUGGCUUAGCUUUUGGAGUUGCAGAACUAGCAAUGUUCACUGAAAAGUGGGAACCUGUGAUAUUUAUCAUAAGCAUAUUUACCGCAGGUGCACUUGCCACUUUUGCUAAGCUAUAUCCAAAGAUGAAACCUUAUGAAUAUGGAUUUAGAGUGUUCCUGAUUACAUUUUGUUUCAUCUUAGUAUCUGGAUAUAGAACCAGGGCAUUCAUUCACACGGCAAUAACACGCUUUCUUCUCAUUGUUCUGGGGGCUUCUGUUGCUUUUCUAAUUAAUGGCUGUAUUUACCCAAUUUGGGCUGGAGAGGACCUACACAAACUGAUAGUGAAAAACUUUAUGGGUGUUGCAAACUCCCUCGAAGGCUGCAUGGAUGGAUAUCUUUCAGGAUUAGAGAUGGAAAAAGUUCCAUCAAAAAUUCUUGUAUGUCAGGCUGAUGAUGAUCCAGUGUAUAAUGCGUACAGGGAGGCAGUCAUUUCUGCAUCUCAAGAGGAAACUCUGGAAGGCUUUGCAAGCUGGGAGUGGCCUCAUGGCAAAUACACAAUGAUGAAGUAUCCCUGGAAAGACUAUGUUAAACUGGGAGGAGCUUUGAGACAUUGUACAUAUAUGGUUAUGGCUUUGCAUGGUUGUAUACUCUCAGAGAUACAGGCUCCCCGUGAACUUCGACAGGUUUUCGGUGAUGAACUACGACAAGUGAGUGAUAAAGGUGCAAAUGUUUUGCGUGCACUGGGCAAUAACCUUGAUAACAUGAUGAAAUUGAAGAGUGAAGAUAUGUUAGAUGAAGUUCACAAAGCAGCAGAAGAAUUACAGACAAAGAUUGAUGCACGCUCUUAUCUUCUGGUAAAUUCAGAAAGUUGGGUCAUUGGGAAUAGGGGCACUACUUUACCAAGUCAAAGUGAUGAACCAAUUGAAGAUGAGGGACGUGAUCAACUAGGGAAUCUUUCACAUAAGAUGUCAAACAGUCAGCACGGGUUCUGUGAUAAUGACCAUGGGGUUGAUGUUCUUUCAAAAAGUUGGCAUAGUCAUGAUUCCAACUUGGGGAUAACAUCUGUCACAGUAGCAAAAGCGCCAGAGAAGAAAAUGUGCAAGCAAUUGUCCUGGCCUUCACGACACUCAAUUGUCAUUGAUCAACCAUAUUUAGACACAAGAGAGAAGACCUUUGAGAGUGCAAGUGCACUUUCCUUGGCAACAUUUGCCUCACUUUUAAUAGAGUUUGUAGCAAGGCUUGAUAAUUUAGUUAAAUCAUUCAACGAGCUAAGUUUGAAGGCUAAGUUCAAAGAUCCUGAUGCUUGUCCUUCAACUGAAACCAAGGGCAUUUGCCGAAGGUUGUUAAAAAAUUUCAGAUUGUGAUCAUGACUGUAAUUGUUAGUUCUUGGUAGUUUUUUUCUUGAUGCUAGCAAGCUCCUUGCCCACACAUCUCUUAUUUUAAGCCAAUUAUGAUGUUGCGAAGCAACAUCCUAAUCAGGAAUUAGAGUGAAGUAGAAGCAUAAUUAAACAUGAAAUAACAUAACUUAUUUGUUCAUGUUCAAAUUCUUAGGAAUUCUCCAAAUGUAAUACAGCCCGGAGGACCACAACUAACGUUCUUAUAACUUGUACAGCUGCAAAUGUUUUAUCACCUUGCCAAUC